AUCACAUCGAUCAAACAACACCCAUUCAGCACAUAUGUUGUUUUCUUCUAUUCUCUCUUACGUCGACCUACCUAUUGCCAAACAAUCCGGUCACUAUCUUGAAGAGCCCAAAGGCACGCAAUGGUUCCGCGGAAUGCUUGCGUGUUUAUCGUCAUCGGAUGUUUUAUUUCCAUCGUCGGAGCACAGAUCUACGACUUUGGACAACCGGAAGAAUACAAUGAGCCCGGCCAUGGUAGCAACAAAAAGUUAUACAAACUCGGUGAAUUUAACGAUAAAUGCAGAUCGACUCGAGAUUGUCGUCACUUUGGUUACGUCUGCAGAGACAACAGAACAUGUCAAUGCGAUUUUCUAUACAUACCGGAUUCCGAAAGGAAAACUUGCGUCGGAGGCGUCAAUCAACGAUGCAUCUACGAUGAGCAUUGUAUCGAGGGGGCUUUCUGUAUGAACCAAGCCAUUUGCAAGUGUAAGGACAAUAACCCAAUCGAACUAGAGGAUGGCUUAGUUUGCGCUGGUUGUGCUUCUAUACUGCCAUGUUUCUUACUGCUACUUAUUUCUCUAUUUGCAUUAUGAUAGAACUCACAAAAAUAAAACAAAUGUAAAUAAACAGAG